GAGAGAGAUAUAUAUCCUCGAUUAAGCAGCUCGCUCCACACACAUAUCUCUAUCUCCAUCCACAAAAAUUUACAAACAAUGCUCCCAAUCCCUUUCCUUGUCCUCCUCCUCUCUUCCAUCCUCUCCCCCUCCUCCGCCGCCGACUUCUGCGCCGCCGAUCUCUCCCUCCCCACCAAUCCAGCCGGAUUCUCCUGCAAGAAAGCAUCCACCGUCAGCACCUCCGAUUUCGUCUUCUCCGGACUCGGCGCCCCCGGAAAUACCAACAACAUCGUCAAAGCCGCCGUAACCCCCGCCUUCACCACGCAAUUCCCGGGCCUCAACGGCCUCGGCCUCUCCCUCGCCCGCCUCGACCUUGCAAUUGAUGGCGUAGUCCCUCUCCACACUCACCCCGCCGCCUCCGAGGUCCUCUUAGUUAUACAAGGCUCCAUCGAAGCUGGCUUCAUCUCUUCCUCCAAUACUGUUUAUUAUAAGACGCUGUCCGAAGGAGAUACAAUGGUUUUUCCCCAAGGCCUGCUGCACUUCCAGGUGCAGUCAGGCAGCACGCCGGCGGUCGCAUUUGCUACUUUCAACAGCCCGGACCCGGGAUUGCAGAUUACGAGCCUUUCGUUGUUCGGGAGUUCUUUGCCGUCCCACUUAGUGGAGAAGGUGACCUUCCUCGAUGACGCGCAGGUUAAGAAGCUGAAGAAGGUCUUAGGGGGAACCGGCUAAGGACUAAAAUAUCGCUCACGGAUGCUGCUCUGAGUUAAUAAUUUGCCUUUCAGUUGGUUUGUUGUUUUCAUGUGUUUGUUAUGUGAUGAAUUUUAGCGUGCUUUGGUGGAGCUCGAACGCUGAGCUAAUUGAUAUUGAGCUCAGAUGAUAGCUCAUGUAAUAAUUUCUCUAUGUUUUGUGUUAAGCUAGCUUGUGUUUGUCAUUUCUUAUCA